GCGCUGCUACCGGGAGGGGUGAGUCGAUUCUUUUUGAUAUCUUUCCCUCGUGUGCCUAUUUCUUAAAUAAAGGCUUUGUCAUCACCUUCAUUUGCCCUACAUUUUGGCGAGCCAGGCAGCCAAAUAUCUUUAAAGAUACCCAAUUAUAAGCCUCUUAAAAUAAUUACCAUGACAUUUUUGAACAAUUUCAUGGGAUGGUUUGGACGGGGAAAGGCUAGCCCCAUAAGUGAGGUUUUGCCAGGGCACAUCCCGGGAUUCCUAGGAUCCCCAUAUCACGGGAUUGCCUGUAUUAUUGAAAAAUGGGGUCCCCUACGGGAUGCAGGAAAUGUUCAGGAAUCCCCAGCCCGCCUGGCUGAGUAUUUCAGUAGUCUAAACAAAAACGUACUCACUACACGAGAACGACAGUUAGCUGCCUCCACGGUGGCGUGGCCGCUGCUGAUGGCCUUGAACCGGCUAAAUAUAACUGAAGGGGUUCUCACUGAUGAAAAUCAACUAUUACGUGACCGUGUGGAAGAACUAGAAAGACAGGUUGCAAUUUUGAGAGGGAAAAAACCUAACCCUAUAAUCCCGGUACAAAAAAUCCGAAACAUCUCUUUAGAAAUAACUGGGGAUCCUAUACAAGAGAGUCCACAUGAACUGGACUCAGAAAAUGAAAGCACUAAGAAGUCAGAUCUUGAGGCUCCACUAGAGCUUGAUCCCUUUGAGAUCCGACCAGUUGUAACUCAAAAAACAAAAAAAAACGCAGGACAGGCCAGCGGGGCUGCCCCCUGACCAGUGGCCCCCUGCCCAGAGCACACUACAUGUAACAGCUCGCCCAUACACGGCAGCUGAAUUAAUGGAUUUAGUACAACGCUUUAGACAAAGACCGAGAGAGAGUGUGCCAGCAUGGUUACUCAGACUAUAUGACAUGGGGGCAGAAAGUGUUGUGGUGAAUGGGCCAGAAAUCUCAAAACUGGCAUCAAUUACUACUCACCCGGCCCUCAGGCAAAGACUAUAUGCGGCUGUGCAACACAAUGAAGAAAAUCAUUCACUGAUUGCAUGGUUAAUGGCCGCAUGCCGUGUGACAUGGGCAAAUAAAACGGAUAUACCAUUAAAUACCGGCCUGUGGUCCUCUAUGGAGGACUUACAAAAUUAUAUCCGAGAAUUAGGUAUGAAGGAGGCAAUUUAUGAGGACAAUUUUGAGAGCCCAGAUAUGAUAAAAUUUUCCGCA